AUGACUCGUGAAAAAUGGGUCAUGACCCACCAACCCACAGCGACUCUUGUCCGAGAACCUAGGGACACCAGGUUACCAGGGAUUAACCUGUGCUGGCUUCCAUUGGCCCUGGUGGCCUCGGCCGCCUUGGCCACAUCUGCAAAGUCUGGCGUUGAAAUACGAGCAGAUUCGAUUGCCGAUUUGCCAAAAUGCGCCACGCGAUGUUUGAAGCAACUGGCACCAGAAUUCCCGUGCUUGGCUCAAGACCCAACAUGUAUUUGCUCGAACGCCAAUUUAACAUCUGUUUUCGAAAACUGCAUUAUGGGUCACUGCACAAUUAAAGAAUCUCUCACGGCGAAACGUAUUUCGGAGAAGAGUUGCGGACACCCUGAACGGGAUAGGACGUCUUUGAUUUUAAUCAGUGGAGUGGUGGGAUUUGCUGUUUCAUUUACUGCAUUUCUUCUACGCAUGAUAUCGAAGUUGCCGUACUUCGGUGGACAGUUUCACUCAGAUGACUGGGCCAUUUCUGUCUCCAUGGUUUUCGGGAUACCUCUAGGCAUUUUAGCAGUUACUCUUGCCAAUGCCGGUCUGGGGAAAGAUAUAUGGAAUGUUCCCUUCGAUGAUAUUACUUAUAUCCUUAAGAUAUAUUACGUACAAGAAGUAAUGUACUUUGCGACAAUAAACAUAACGAAAGUAUCCAUAUUAUUUUUCUACCUGCGGAUCUUCCCUUAUCAAAAUUUCAGAAUCGCGAGUUGGAUUGCGAUGGGCAUCACCAUUGCAUAUUGUCUUGCUCUCAUUCUUGCAGCAUUGUUUCAGUGCACCCCAGUCGACAUGGCCUGGAAGAAUUGGGACGGCGAACAUCAAUCUGCCAGGUGCAGCAACAUCAAUCUGAUCAGCUGGAUAAGCGCGGCUGUAAAUAUUGUUUUAGACGUUGUGAUUAUCGCAAUGCCAGCUUGGGAGUUAUUUGGAUUGUCUCUAUCGAUGAAGAAGAAGCUCCAAAUUCUACUCAUGUUUGGUGUUGGAUUUUUCGUCACAAUCGUCAGCACUAUCCGCCUUCAAGCUUUGCUCCAAUUCGGGAAUUCCCGGAACAUAACCUGGGAUCACGUUCCCGCUGGCUACUGGAGCACGAUUGAAGGUCAUGCCAGCAUAUUAUGUGCUUGCAUGCCGGCCAUCCGCGCUCUGCUUCGCAAAAUCUUCCCAUCACUAUUCGGUGACCGAACUGGCGCCUCGUCUAAUGGCACCAGGGGUGCGCGUAAUAACGGUGGGAAUUACAUUGUUAAUAAUGGUGGAGGCAGAGUAUUUUCUUCAAACGCAGCUGGACCGCAGUCACCAUGCUCUCCGGAUGUGAGGAGUUCGCUUGGGAAGGAUGGACAGGUAUUUUCCGAAUCAGAUAUAUUUCCGCUGGUCGAGAGGGGAGAUUUAGGGCCUGAACUUGGGUUUGGGAGUUAUACGGUUAUCAGGAGUGAUAAUAACAGAUAA